AUGGAUACAGAUAACACAAUUUCAAGUAAGUAUGAAGUUGACCUUCAAGCAAUUCAACGUCAAAUGUGUGCUGAAGAAAGAGAAAAAAGGAAGUAUGUUCUUCAACAAAAGAGAAACAACAGAGGUUGUCAUCCUGCAUCAACAUCUGAUUCUGUUGAAAGGAUUCCAUUUUCAAAUACUUCAAGUGUUUCAACCACCAAUGUUGAGAGAAGAAAUGUGUAUCAUCUUCCUGUUUAUGCUACUCCAAAUAUUAGUAGUAAUUUGUUUCACUCAUCUACACAAGUAAAAGGUAUACUUACUGCAGAUAUUUUUUGUAAGCAUGAAGUUGACCUUCAAGCAAUUCAACGUCAAAUGUGUGCUGAAGAAAGAGAAAAAAGGAAGUAUGUACUUCAACAAAAGAGAAACAACAGAGGUUGUCAUCCUGCAUCAACAUCUGCUUCUGUUGAAAGGAUUCCAUUUUCAAAUACUUCAAGUGGUUCAACCAACAAUGUCGAAAGAAGGAAUGUCCAUCACACUCCUUUUGGAAGUACCAAGCAAAUAUCCAAUUUUGUUGAGAGGACUCCGUUAUCAGAUAUUACAAAUUGUGGAAUAUCUAAAAUUGAAUUACAAAUGAGUGAUGAGAUGUUACCCGAUUCUGUGGUUAAGAAGAUUCAUGGAAUUUCUAAAGAUUAUAUUGAUCAUGGAGAUGCCAUAUUCGUGUGUUGUAAAUGUGAUGCAAUUUCUCAGAUAGAAUGCAAAACUACAAGAAACAACCAGCUUGAUAGUACAACCAUAGAGGGUCUUAAAGAUAUGUUGGAUUCUUGCAAUCCUCUUGUCCAAUCCUUCAGAAUGGUAAGAGAUUGUUUUCAAGAAAAUGAGUUUCAAGAUGUAAGCUUGAAGCUUAUUGGAACAAGAGAUAAGGAUAGAAGAGUUCACAAUUUGCCAACAGCAUCAGAAAUUGCUGCUUUAAUACAUGGUGAUUUUGAUGGAGCAUUUGAUAAACGGGACAUUGUUGUUAGAAAGAAGUCUGGUGGUCUUCAAAGAAUUAAUGAGCUUCAUCCCUCUUACCUUGCUUUGCAAUAUCCACUUAUUUUCCCAUAUGCUGAAGACGGUUAUAGAGUUGGUAUUAAACAUAGAGGGAUUGCGAUUGAUGAUGAGCAGUUUUUGGUUGAUGGAUACACGAUGAUAGAAUCUGCCAGGUUGAAUUAUAUAAGGACACAAAAACCUAAACUUAGAGUGCAAAAUCUUAAGAAUUUGAAUGCUACUGUUGAAAGUGAAGAGAAUAAUGCCUCAAGUUGUGGUAAACCUAUACUUUUACCUUCAUCAUUUACUGGUGGUUCUAGAUAUAUGAUGCAAAAGUACUUGGAUGCUAUGGCAAUUUGCAAGUGUUUGCACGAUAAAGCUCUUAAUGCUGAAGACAGACCGGAUAUUAUCUCUAGAAUAUUCAAGUGUAAAUUGGAUCAUCUUAUAAAAGAUUUCAAGAAACAAAAAUUCUUUGGUGAUAUGCAAGCAUCCCACUGUUCAAAAAUUUCAGUUAUGUAUACAGUGGAAUUUCAGAAGCGUGGACUCCCACAUGCUCACAUAUGUUUGUUCUUGGGUGCUGAAAGCAAAUUUCCAAAUGCUUCUGAUAUUGAUCGUGUUAUUACUACUGAGAUACCAGAUAAAGAAAGAGAUCUUGAAUUAUAUGAGCUUGUCAAGCAAUUUAUGAUUCAUGGACCAUGUGGUACAGACAACCCACUUUAUCCAGGUAUGGUUCAGCAAAAAUGUUCUAAAAAGUUUCCCAAAAAAUAUGUAGAUGAGACUUGUGUUGAUUCUGAAGGAUAUCCUGUCUAUCGUCGCCGUCAAACAAGUAAUACGGUAGUAAAGAAUGGUGUGAGACUUGAUAAUAGAUUUGUAGUUCCUUACAAUGCUCUCCUGCUCAGAAAGUAUCAGUGCCACAUUAACGUUAAAUGGUGCAACCAGUCAGGUUCUAUCAAAUAUUUGUUUAAAUAUAUUAAUAAGGGGCCUGAUAGAGUGACUGCUUCUGUUUUUCAAGCCAAUAGCACCAAGAAUAAUACGGAACAGAAUGUAGCUGUAGAUGAGAUAAAAGCAUACCUUGAUUGUAGAUAUAUCUCUGCUUGUGAAGCUGCUUGGAGAAUAUUCAUGUAUGAUAUACAUUAUAGAUAUCCAGCUGUUGAAGUAUUACCUUUUCAUUGUGAAGAUAGUCAGAGUAUUGUGUAUAACGAUCAUGAUAAUUUGUGUGAUAUUGUUAUUGAUCCAACUGUGAAAAUGACAAUGUUUACAGAGUGGAUGAAUUGUAAUAAAGUCGAUGAAUUUGCCAGGACAUUGAGGUAUGUUCAGUUUCCUGGAUAUUAUGUAUGGAAUGCUAAAAAUCGCAAAUGGAAUCGAAGAAAGCAUCCGUAUGGAUCAAUUGGGAGGGUUCAUUAUGUCCACCAUCACUUGGGACCAGCCAGUUUUGAAGAUAUAAAAACAGUUGAUGGGCAAGUUUUUCAAACAUUUAAAGAUGUAUGUUUUGCACGGGGGCUGUUGGAUGAUGAUAAAGAAUAUGUUAAUGCUGUCAAAGAAGCUAGCACAUGGUCAACCGGAGAUUUCUUGAGGACCUUUUUUAUAAUGUUGUUGCUAUCAAAUUCGAUAUCUCGUCCUGGUGUUUUUUGGUCAGAAACGAAGUCCCUGUUAUGUGAAGACAUUCUGUAUCAGCAACGAAAGAUAACCGGUAUUGCAGGUAAUGAAGAACUUGAAAAUAUCUGUCUAUCUGAAAUUGAAAAGUUGCUUCUUACCAAUGGAAGUACAGUGAGAAAUUUUGAUGAUAUGCCAAGUGUUCCGGACAAUUAUGUUUCAUCUUCGAACAAUCGAUUGAUAAUGAAAGAAUUAUCGUAUGAUAGACUAGCUUUUCAAAGGGAACAUGAUCGUUAUGUAAAGUGUUUAACUGCCGAACAGGAAAAGAUAUAUAAAAUUAUUAUGGAAGCGAUUGAAAAAGGUGAUGGAGGUGUGUUUUUUGUAUAUGGUUAUGGUGGAACUGGAAAGACAUUUCUUUGGAAGACAUUCUCAGCUGCAUUACGAUCAAAAGGUGAAGUUGUAUUGAAUGUUGCAUCCAGUGGAAUUGCUUCACUUUUGCUGGAUGGUGGUAGAACUGCUCAUUCAAGGUUUGUAUUUCCAAUCAACAUUAACGAGAAUUCAAUAUGUUCGAUAGAGCCUAAUACUGAGUUAGGUGAUUUAAUUAAAAGAGCAAAAUUGAUUAUUUGGGAUGAAGCACCUAUGACUCACAAGCAUUGUUUCGAGGCUCUUGAUAGAACAAUGAGAGACAUAUCACGUUCCAGUCAACCGAACAUGCAAUCGAAGCCGUUUGGGGGAAAGGUCAUUCUAUUUGGUGGUGAUUUUAGACAAAUUCUUCCGGUCAUCCCUAAAGGUACCAGAACAAUGAUAGUCAAUGCUUCUUUGAAUUCUUCUUAUAUAUGGCGGCACUGUAAAGUACUAAAGCUAACUGAGAAUAUGAGAUUAAGAGUUGGUUGUCAGGAAGCAGAUUUGAAAGAAAUAAAGGAAUUUGGAGAAUGGAUUUUAAAGCUUGGUGAUGGUCUUCUUGGUGAAGAAAAUGAUGGUGAGAUUGAUAUUGAAAUACCAGAUGAUUUACUUAUUCAUGACCAAGUCAAUCUUAUUUCUUCUCUCAUUUCAUAUAUAUAUCCGGACAUGAAUAAGUUUUUGUGGGAUUUAAUGUAUUUCCAACAAAGAGCGAUUCUUGCUCCAACUAAUGAAGUAGUGGAUUCAAUAAAUAAAGAGUUGUUAGAGAGUCUGCCUGGUGAAGAAAAGGUUUAUUUUAGUUCAGAUAGUUUAUGCCAAUCGGAGGAAGAAUCAGAGCUUAAUAUGGCGUUGUUUCCUCCUGAUGUGUUAAACAAUCUUCGUUUAUCUCGUUUACCUAAUCAUAAAUUAGUACUGAAAGUUGGUGCUCUGGUGAUGUUACUCAGAAACAUUGAUCACGCAAAUGGAUUGUAUAAUGGUACACGUUUACAAAUCACGAAGCUCGGAAAAGUUGUGAUUGAAGCAAAAAUUAUCACAGGGACUAAUAUAAGUCAUCAUACUUUGAUUUCAAGACUAAAGAUGACACCUUCAGAUAAAAGAAUACCAGUGAAGAUUUCUCGAAGACAAUUCCCACUUUCACUGUGUUUUGCUAUGACAAUAAAUAAAAGUCAAGGACAAUCAUUGGAGCGUGUUGGUUUAUAUCUUCCACGUCCAGUGUUUAGUCAUGGCCAGCUCUAUGUUGUUGUAUCUAGAGUAAAAAGUAGGAAGGGAUUGAAAAUUUUGAUUUGUGAUAAAGAGAAACGAGUCUGUACAACCAUUACUAAUGUGGUUUACAAGGAAGUUUUACAAAAUUUAUGA